AUGGGUAUAGACCUUAUCAUGAGCCCGUGCGCUGUGUGCGUGGUCGUGCGGGACCCCGGUGCUGUGGGAGCUCCGUGUGAGUACGCCGAGUGCCGGCGGGACGCGCGUGCCGGGGUGCGCCGCGUGCGGGCGGGCCGGGGGCCGGUGUGGCCGCCGUGCGGGCUGCGCGUCUGGGCAGCCGGCGCCGCGUGCCCCGGGGAAGAUGAGGAGGGGCCGGAAGGCCUGACCCAGUUCCUGAUGACGGAGGUGCGCCGGCUGCGGGAGGCUCGCAAGAGCCAGCUGCAGCGGGAGCAGCAACUGCAGGCUCGGGGCCGGGUGCUGGAGGAGGAGCGGGCGGGGCUGGAGCAGCGGCUGCGGGAGCAACAGCAGGCUCAGGAGCGCUGCCAGCGCCUCAGGGAGGACUGGGAGGCGGGCAGCCUGGAGCUGCUGCGGCUCAAGGACGAGAACUACAUGAUCGCCAUGCGCCUGGCCCAGCUCAGUGAGGAGAAGAACUCCGCAGUGCUGCGCAGCCGGGACCUGCAGCUGGCGGUGGAUCAGCUGAAGCUCAAGGUGAGCCGGCUGGAGGAGGAGUGCACCCUGCUGCGGAGGGCCAAGGGGCCGCUCCCCGGGGCCGAGGACAAGGAGAAGGACAAGGAGCCGGAGAGCGUGGACCUGGUCUCCGAGCUGCGCGCUGAGAACCAGCGGCUGACCGCGUCCCUGCAGGAGCUUCAGGAAGGCCUGCAGCAGGAAGCGAGCAGGCUGGGGGCCCCAGGCUCAGAGCGCAUCCUCCUGGACAUCCUGGAGCAUGACUGGCGGGAGGCUCAGGACAGCAGGCAGGAGCUGUGCCAGAAGCUGCAUGCCGUCCAGGGGGAGCUGCAGUGGGCUGAGGAGUUGCGAGACAAGUACCUGCAGGAGAUGGAGGACCUGCGGCUGAAGCAUCGCACACUGCAGAAGGACUGUGACCUCUACAAGCACCGAAUGGCCACGGUCCUGGCCCAGCUGGAGGAGAUCGAGAAGGAGCGGGACCAGGCCAUCCAGAGCCGUGACCGGAUCCAGCUGCAGUACUCCCAGAGCCUCAUUGAGAAGGACCAGUACCGCAAGCAGGUGCGGGGCCUGGAGGCUGAGCGGGACGAGCUGCUGACCGCGCUCACCAGCCUGGAGGGCGCCAAGGCUCUGCUGGAAGCACAGCUGCAGCGGGUCCAGGGCGGCCCCUGCCUCAAGGCUUGUGCCUCCUCCCAUUCCCUGUGCUCCAACCUCAGCAGCACGUGGAGCCUCAGUGAGUUCCCCCCGCUGCUAGGAGGUCCGGAAGCAGCUGGGGAGGCGGCCAUUAUGGGGGGAUCCGAGCCCCACACCUCGGAGGAGGCCACAGACAGCGAGAAGGAGAUCAACCGGCUCUCCAUCCUGCCCUUCCCCCCAAGCGCUGGCUCCAUCCUCCGCCGGCAGCGCGAGGAGGACCCUGCACCCCCGAAGAGGUCCUUCAGCAGCAUGUCCGACAUCACAGGGAGUGUUACGCUUAAGCCCUGGUCUCCUGGCCUCUCCUCGUCCUCAUCCUCCGAUAGCGUGUGGCCUUUGGGGAAGCCUGACGGCCUCCUGGCCAGAGGCUGUGGCCUGGAUCUCCUCAACAGGUCUCUGGCCAUCCGGGUGUCUUGCCGGAGCCCCCCGGGGGGGCCCGAGUCCCAGGACAAGGGCCCAGAUGGCCUGUCGUUCCUUGGGGACAGCUGGUCUGGGGCCGUGGUGCGGAGGGUGCUCUCUGGGCCAGGGUCUGCCAGGGCGGAGUCCAGAGAGCCAAGGGCCGAGGCUGCUGGCCUGGAGGGGGCAGGCCUGGAAGGUGAGGUCCAGCAGAGAACCUUGCCCUGGAACCAGGUGUCCACGCUCCCCUUCCUGAUGGACUUCAAGGCCUGUCAGUCCUUCCACGAGGCCCUCGACGCCUGGACAAAGGGGCUGAGCACCGAGCCCUUCUAUAUCCGAGCCAACCUCACCGUGCCCGAGCGAGCAGACCCUCAUGCGCUGUGUGUGAAAGCCCAGGAGAUCCUGCGUCUGGUGGACCCGGCGUACAAGCGGCGGCAGGAGUGGUUCUGCACCCGGGUCGACCCCCUGACGCUGCGGGACCUGGACCGGGGCACUGUGCCCAACUACCAGAGAGCCCAGCAGCUCCUAGAAGUUCGGGAGAAAGGCCUGCCCUCCAGCCGCCACCGAGGGUCCCGAAGUAAUCUGAAGAAGCGAGCCCUGGACCAACUCCGGCUGGUGAAGCCCAAACAUGGGGGAAGCUCUGCGGGGGAUUCUCCAGAGCAGCUGUUGCUGGAGCCCUGCUCAGAGCCCGAGCGAAGCCUCAAACCCUACAGCCUGGUGCGCCCGCUGCUGGUGUCCGCCCUGCGGCCCGUGGUGCUCUUGCCCGAGUGCCUGGCACCUCGGCUCAUCCGCAACCUGCUUGACCUGCCCAACUCCCGGCUGGACUUCCAAGUGUGCCCGGCGGAAAGCCUCUCUGGGGAGGAACAGUGCUCAUCCUCAGCACCUGGAGCCCCCAAAGCCCAGCCUGCCACCCCUGGGCUGGGCAGUAGGCUCCGUGCCAUCCAGGAGUCUGUUGGGAAGAAGCACUGCCUGCUGGAGCUGGGCGCACGGGGCGUGCGGGAGCUGGUCCAGAACGAGAUCUACCCCAUUGUCAUCCACGUGGAGGUGACAGAGAAGAAUGUCCGGGAAGUCAGGGGUCUGCUGGGCCGGCCCGGCUGCCGGGACUCGGAGCUGCUGCGGCAGUGCCAUCGCUCGGAGCAGGUGCUCUGGGGGCUGCCCUGCUCCUGGGUGCAGGUGCCUGCGCAUGCGUGGGGCCACGCGGAGGGGCUGGCCAAGGUGGUGCGCGGCCGCAUCCUGCAGGAGCAGGCCCGCCUCGUGUGGGUGGAGCGCGGCAGCAGCGCCGGGGGCAGCGGCGGCAGCAGCGAGGCCUGACGGGCCCCUUCUGGUGCCUGCGGCCUCCUCACACACCCACGAAGCCCCCGGCCCGGACCCCGGUGUCUGCAGUGGAGCUGGGUCCUCCUCGUCCUGAGCCUUCCUAGACCCUUGGCCUCCCCGACGUGGGGCCCCCAGCUCUGAGCUCUCCCCGGAGCGAAUUUCCAGGAGCCCUCGGGGCGGAGCUCCCACCGCCCCCGUACUUGCUGCUCUGGGCCUUCAGUGCUCCCGGUGUCUCCGUGAUUCCAGUCGCGGGCCCCACGCACGUGUCUGUGUCCUUGUCCUCCUUGCCCCCCAGGAGCAUCUGAGCUCUCACUCCUGUGCACUGGUUUACACACCCAGGUUCUCACGGCAGGCACAUGAGGUCUCCUGGGUCCUCAUUCCCUUCUGCUCAAGGAACCCCCGAGCCCGCCCCGCGUGCCCCUCCCCCGCACCCCGCUCACGUUUCUUGUGUAUACCUCCACGUGUGGGCACCGUGGCUUCCCUGGCCCACCGGGCCCCUCACGUCUUCUCGUCACGUGUAUGUCUGUGGUUCUCUCCUGUGUAAAUGGCACACCCCGCCCCGUGACACUUGGGCACGAACGCUCGUGUGUGCCCGGGGAGGACACCGAGGACCAUGUUCUCACAGCGCCGUCUCCCUGCAGUGACCCGCCUCUCAGAG